AUGGCUGGCAAAAGCGAGUACGUGGAUGUCACCAAGCAAACCGAGGAUGACUAUGUCGACGUCACAGCGGCACCCCCGGCAUAUGGAGAGCCCAAUGGAGGAGAAGGAUCGAAUUCUGAUAGUAGGGUGUACACCGACACAUUGAAAGCAGAUGCCAAAGGAAAAGUAGAUGUGCAAUCACCAAAAGAAUCUUCAAACCAAAGCUCGUCCAGAGCUGAAGUAUCAAUCGCCGAAGAAGUCGCCUCGGAAAUCCGCUCUCUAGACGUCGGCGACCCAAACGAGUCCAUCUCCAUACCCAUGAUUUUGUCCACCGAGAAGCGCUCGUUCAAGUCUUUCAUCAAGGGCAAAAGCGGCGAAGUGUCCCAACAAGUCAUUGUGCGGAAGAUGACUCGAGAACAUUACAAGAAGUUCUAUGCCAAAGACAAAGAUGGCAAUUACGUCGGCACUGAGAAGGCAGCUCCGGAUGCUGGCUUGGUAUUCGUGCCGUCAAAAAGCACGCCGGAGGACAUCUUGGAGCAAGUGAGGAAGGUCGCCUUUGGGAAGCAGCAUAACAUCGAUGGCUUUGGAGGUGUUUACGCUUAUGGAGUAGGAGGAGGUGGGUACAGCGCUGGGUAG